AUGUCCCUUUCAGAAGGCUUACUGAGCCUAUUUACCUGCAGCAACGCUUCGGUCGAAAUGGGGCGAGGCAAGAAGAAGAAGGACAAGACCAGCUACAGCUAUGAGGAGGAUUCUCGGAGCUCUGACGCUUCGGCGGCGCGGCGGAAGAAGCGCCGUGCGAAUGCCGGGCUAAAGCCCGCCUCCGGCUUCGGGCUCGCGCCGCCCCCGGCAGCUGAGGCUCCCAUGUCGGCUUUUAGCUCGGCCCCCUCGGCCCCCAUGGUCCUACCGGCACCCGUGGCGGGGCUUCUCACGAGCGAUGUCGCCACCGACCUCCAGCGCAUGCGCAUGGCGGUCGAGGCUGCAACAGGCAAGACGAUGGAGCCAAGGCUCAAGCUCGACCAGCGAGAGGAAGAGCGAGAGCAGAAGCUGAGCAUGGCGGAGGAUCUGAGAGACGCCUUGCUGGAUCCGUCAAACAUGAAGCAGCUGCUGACGAGAACAAGCCUUCUGUCGGUGACGCAAGCCGAGGAUGGCAAGAUCGUUCUACGCGCGCCGUCAAAGCAGUCAAUGAAGGACGCAAUGUCGGUGCUGGCGAGAGUGGCGCAUCACUGUGCCUGGGGCUGCAAUCUGACCAAGGUAGGACUGCUCUUGCGCGACCUGGCUGCAAUGGUCAGCCUCCCGCGCAACUUCCGAGCCUCUUUGAGACAAGGAGAGAAGCCGGAGAAGGCGAUCCACACGGUCGUCAUCCGGCUAGGCGCAAGGGACCAAGCAGACCUGCUGCACGCAAAUAGAGCGACACUGCUCGAGGAGGGCCGCGUGAACCCUCGCAGCGACAAGCUCCGAAUCGGCACAGAUGCGCGUCAGUGCCAGGUCGUUGUGGAGGCCAUUGCGGGCAUCAGCCGGAAGCACGCGUUGUUCAAGCAGACCUUGCAGAUCCUUAGCCAGUCUCGACCUGCAGCAGCAUUUGCAAGCGUGCUAGUCGCAGCACAUGCGUUGCUUCCAGCCGGAUGGCUGAUUCCUGCCAUGGGCUGCUCCUGCUGCAAGAGCAAAAAGCCUGGGGCAGCGGCGCCGCCGGUGCCGCCAGUAGUGAUAGAAGAUUUGUUCGACGAGGCACAGAAGCCUGAGGACCCACCGCCAAGGCCGCAGGAGCCAGAGUUCCGGAUCGGUUUGGGCUCGCUCUUUCCGAACUUCGAUUGUCGAACAACACAGGGUGACUUUAGCUUCCAUGCCUUUCUGGAAAAGCAAGCAGCGCAUGGCUUCACCAUGCUUUUCUCGCAUCCCAAGGACUUCACCCCAGUUUGCACCACAGAGAUUGGUGCAUGCCAAGUGCUGGCGAAGGACUUCCAGCGGCGUGGGGUGCAGCUGAUCGGCCUGAGUUGCGACUCCGUCGAGCAGCAUCGGAAAUGGGCCGAGGAUGUGCUGGCCUCGAGGAAGAUCACGAAUUCCUCACAGCUGGACUUCCCCAUCAUCGCGGAUGAAACUCGGGAAAUCGCCAACUUGUUGGGCAUGAUGGAUCCAUUGGAGAUAGACGACUUCAGCAAGCUUUCCAUGCCUGCCCGAGCACUUUUCCUCAUAGGUCCCGACAAGCGCCUUCGCCUCACGAUCCUUUACCCGGCCACCACGGGUCGCAACUUUGCAGAGGUGCUGCGGGUCAUUGACUCUCUCUACCUCACAAGCUGCGCCCAGGUCGGUACUCCGGCAAACUGGCAUCGAGGCGACGAUGUUCUCCUCGCCAUGAAUGCACCUGAGGGGCUUUUCAAUGUGGCCAAAGAGGAGCCAGUGAUGUCGGGCAAGCGCUAUAUGCGCCACUUACCACCACCGACAGUGAGACCCAAGCAGCCGAUCCCGAAUUUGGGCGAGGUUCCGCAAAGCGAUACCGAGUUCAAGAUCAAGUUGGGCGCCAUCUUUCCGAACUUUGACUGGCACGCCACGUCGAAGGGCAUCAGCCGCUUCCACCAACUCUUGGAUCGGAUGAAGGGUGCCCUCACACUCUUUAUCUGUUGGCCACGCAACUUCGACGCAGUGGCUACGACGGAGUUGAUGUGCUGCAUGCAGAUGGGAGCUGAUCUCAAGAAGCGGGGUGUCGCUCUGGUUGGGAUGACCUGCGACACGGUGGAGGACCAGAAGAGCUGGGUGGAUGACUGCCUCGUUCUGGCGGGCCUUGGAGGUUCCACCGAGUACCCGACGAUGAUUCCGGACAAGUCGCAUCACAUUGCCCACGAGCUUGGCCUGCUUCCUCGUGGGAAAAAGGACAAGGACACUUCGCCGGCACGGGUGAUGUUCGUGCUUGACCAGCAGAAGAAGGUACGACUGAGUAUGCAAUAUCCUCAGACCACUGGCUUCAACUUCUUCGAGGUGUUGAGAGCGGAGCUCAGCAUUGCGUCUGAAAUGUCGUCGGCGAUCUUUGGUCUGAAGAUGCUUCAGAUAUUAAUCAUGGGGAUGUCCCGGUUCUCAGAUAUCCAGGAGCACUGGUGGGUGCUGCAGACGGACUUUCGCAAUCAUCUCAUGGAGCUAUUCAUGCCUGCUUUUGACUUGAAUGUGGGUGGAUACCGGCUGCGAGCCCCUGCUCAGAUGAGUACGAAGCAAGCCAACAAUCGCUUCCGGAAUUUGGAGAGUGUGGUGCUGCCCAGCGCAGCUUGGACCAACUCUUUCAGAUUCGAUUUCCUGCCCACUGCAUUCAAUUGCUCACCUCUGUGUCGGAGUUCUGAAGUGAAGCCCGCGAUGGGUCUUCAUACAGCUCAGGCAAGCUGGACGCCGCCCAAGGAAGACUACCUCCGGUAUGUCGAUUGUCCAGAAAGAACGGGGCCCAUCGCGCAAGAAGAGGUGUCACUGCCUGCGGGUUCUUUAUUUGGCGCCCUCGCGUGGGAGCCGCGAGCCAUUCAAGAAUCAGUCAGCUUCGGUAGGAAUUGUGACAUCGCAGCAUGUCGUCCAAGCUCCACAGUGCAAGCGCAACCUACCAGCUGCACAAACAUGUACAUGAAGACUUGUCAGCCGCUGUUGCUUGCUUGGCUUGCUUGCUUACUUAUUCACUUUUACUGA